CGUGAUUGCUCCGAUUUGCACUCAAUCUCUGACCGCAUUCAGCAGAUCAGGCGUUCGUCUUCUUCCUGUUCAGUUCACUGUUGACAGGAAGGUGGUGAAUGCAGGCAUCACCAGGUUCCUCCCCUUCUGCUGGACCAACGCAUAAACUACCUACUCAUGAGAUUGCCCUGUUGUACUGCCCUUGGAGAUACGCAACUGCCAACCGUCUCCACCGAGUCCCGGUGGCCCCCAGAAACAAGAGGCACAGGCGGUUGGUGCUGCUGAGUCGGCACCCGCAAUGAUCAGCACCACCUUCUGAUGGCCCUGAGGACGGAAGUGUCAAGGCGUCAUCUCGGUCCUCUUAUUAGAAGACCCCUCAUGACCACCAAGGGCCUAACAUCCUGUCCUGCAGUUUCUGCAGCUGGAAUCCAUUUCCAGGGCUCCCAAGGCCUCAGUUCAGGGACAUUCACAGCAAAGAGCCUUUUCCCUAGCUUAGGUAGAAGGUUUACUAGCUCUUUUGCUGACCGACACCUCCACCAUUCGCAGAGGCUCCUGAGGUCCCCUCUGGUGAAGCCCGCGGUUGCCGCAGCGCGAACCCUCUCCAGGUUUUCAAACCCCGUUCGGAGCCCUCUCCAAGUUGUGCCUGCGCCCUCUCUGCAAUCCCCUGCCUGGAAACCCUCCAUUAACCCUGCCUUUAAGUGGCCCCGCCUUCCUGUAGCCAAGGCGGUGUUGAACCCUCCAGCCCUCGAUCAAGAACAGGUUGAGUUAGAGAAGCUCCUUAAACCAGCCACCAUGGUUGUCCCUCCAUCCAUUGAGCUGUCCACCGAGCGCGAGCUGGUUGCUCGAGUCGGAGGAGCUCAGCAGACGCUGCUCAAGAACGUCCCUUCGAAGGUUACGGUCAGAGCGGACGGUGGCAGUCACGGUGUCCCUGGUGCUUUCAUUGGAGCAUUUACAGAUAGCCCAAGCAGCCGGCACAAGCUCCCAAUUGGGAAGCUCGUAGGCAACUGCAAAUUCAACGCCUGCUUCCGCUUCAAGCUGUGGUGGAUGUCGCAGUGCAUGGGUACGACCGCCUCUGAGAUCCCAACGGAGACUCAGUUCCUGUUGGUCCAAACGCCGGGCGAUGCAGGCAGCGAUGCCCCUGCUUCGAAAGAAACCGUGUACACUGUUUUCCUGCCUGUCCUGGAAGGCGCCUUCCGAGCGUCGCUGGCAGGGAGCCCCUCGGAAGAGCUCAACCUCAUUGUGGAGAGUGGCGAUGCGGCUGUACAAACAGACAUGGUUUCCAGCGCAGUCUAUGUGCACUCUGGGAGCGACCCGUUCGCCGUCAUCUCUGAUGCAAUCAGAGCUGUUGAGGAGUCAACUUCAACAUUCAAGCGGAGAGAAAAGAAAUUGAUGCCGAAGUGCAUGGAUUACUUCGGCUGGUGCACCUGGGAUGCUUUCUACACCAAGGUGACGGCCGAGAGCCUGUCAGAAGGUUUGAAGAGUUUGGCAGCUGGGGGCACUCCCGCCCGUUUCCUGAUCGUCGACGACGGGUGGCAAUCCACCGCUGCUGACGCGCCGAGGGAGGGGGAGCCCACCACACAGCUCAUCACAGAGGGGACCCAGUUCGCGAGCCGGCUGACCUCGAUCAAGGAGAACCACAAGUUCAACAAGGUCGUCCCCGUCACCGACGCGACCGAGCCCAAGAGCGAACUGGAGCGGCUCUGGACCCUCGCGGACAUCGUCAAGGACGUGAAGUCGCAGCACGACCUCAAUUACGUCUACGUCUGGCAUGCGCUCGCAGGGUACUGGGGAGGUGUCCGUCCGAAUCAUGAUGGCCUGGAACAUUACGAGGCUGCUAUCAGGUACCCGACCAUCUCCCCCGGUGUCCUGGAGAACCAGCCGUGCAUGGCCCUCGACAGCCUGGCGCUCCACGGCAUCGGGCUUGUCCACCCCGAGAAGGCCUUCAACUUCUUCGACGAGCUGCACGAGUACUUGGCCUCUGCGGGCGUGGACGGAGUCAAGGUCGACGUGCAGAGCAUUCUGGAGGCGCUGGGCGAGGGCCUGGGCGGGCGGGUGGCGCUCGCGCGCAUGUACCAUGGUGCGCUGGAGGCGAGCGUCAAGAAGAACUUUCCGGACAACGGCUGCAUCUCGUGCAUGAGCCACUCCUCGGACGGCAUCUACAGCUCCAAGCAGACUGCCAUCGUGCGCGCCUCCGACGACUUCUGGCCCCGCGACCCUGCGUCCCACACCAUUCACAUUGCCUCGGUUGCGUACAACUCUCUCUUCCUUGGCGAGUUUGCUCAGCCCGACUGGGACAUGUUCCAGAGCCUUCAUACCGCGGGUGCCUACCACGCUGCUGCACGCGCUAUCGGCGGAUGCGGAGUUUACGUCAGUGACAAGCCGGGCCAGCACGACUUCGAGCUCCUGCGCAAGCUGGUCCUGCCGGACGGCCGUACGCUGCGUGCCCAGCUGCCCGGACGUCCGACCCGCGACUGCCUCUUCAACGACCCCGCUAGAGACGGCGUCAGCAUGCUCAAGAUCUGGAACAAGAACCUGUACAGCGGCGUCAUUGGGGCCUUCAACUGCCAGGGCGCGGCCUGGUGCAAGGACAAGAAGCACAACCGGAUUCACGACGAGGCCCCCCAGGCCGUGACGAGCACUGUGCGCCCGACUGACGUGGAAGGCCUGGCGGAGCUGGCCGGAGACACGUGGACCGGUGACGUGGCAGUCUACAAGCACCAAGGAGACGAGCUUCUCGCGAUCCCGGCCUCAGGCGGCGUGGCCAUCACCCUGCCGGUCCUUGACUACGAGCUGUUCACGGUGGCUCCCAUUACAGAGCUUCCCAGCGGAGUGCGCUUUGCCCCCAUUGGGCUUCUUUCCAUGUUCAACUCCGGCGGCGCGAUUGUUGGGAUGAGCGUCUCCGACACGCGCGUUGCCUUGGACGUCCGCGGACGCGGGCGCUUCGGGAUGUGGGCGUCCGACGCGCCAGUCAGUUGCGUGCUGGGAGACGGCACCCCGUUGAAGUUCGAUUAUGACAAGACGGAUUCGCGUCUGACCGUGGAGCUGCCGGUGCCGGAGGCCGGCGAGGACUGGAGGUUGGAGGUCACUUUCUAGACGAGGUUGACGAUUCUUUCUAGGAGGCAGAGGAAUUGGCCCGGCUUUGUGGUUGGGGAUAUUUAGAGAGUUGGAGCCGCUUAUUGAGAAGCGUAUUGGAUCAGCGAUUGGGAGGGAUCAAGGAGCCGGAAUGGAUGAGGAUCAGUUGAGGAUGGGUGACCAUUUGAAAGUUGCACUCUUUUUGUUUGAGUGCAUCUCAAAGUAGAGCAACUCUUUCAUUGCAUGGCCCUACGUUUCUUAGAGACAAUCAGAUGUCAGCCGCCUACACCGCUUUGUUGCCCGUUAAGACUUUGUUGGACGGUGGGAUUUGGGCUUACCAAAUUGAGGGCCGAAGAACAAUUCCUCGAGUCGCGGUAAAGUUCUUAGGUAUAUUCUUAUCGUUGUAGUCAUCAAGCCGUCUUGAGUCACGAGUAAGCAAUGUAAAGAUGGCUACGAUGAUAUGCACGACAGGUAGAGCGCAUCGCAUCAGAGGACGGUUCAGCUUAGCUACAGAGGGCCUAGAGAAACAAGCACGUUAUCUGUUCAAGACCUUGUUGCUUGCAGUUAUCGCUUAUCAAGUGUGUAACAUUUCCCUUAACACGCGUGCCCUUGUCAUGGCAGAACACCC